ACGUCAACGAGGAAAGCUGUCACGGUGGGGGGAUUCCCCGGGCGCGAGUGCGCAGGCGCGGGGCUGCCGGAGGACUGGCCCUACUGGGUCCGCAUCGUCUGAGAGCCGGAGCGUCGCGGACGAGACGAGAGGAGACGCGACGCAACGCAACGCAGCAAUGAAGCGGGUCCGCGGCGGAUGAGAAGAGCUGAUCCACCAUGGAAGCCAGGGCUCCCUACCGCAUCUACGAUCCCGGUGGGGCGAGCGUCGAGAUGGUGAAGGGGCUGGGCGAGCAGACACAGCCCCCGCCCACCUCCUACCAGCAACUGGUGGCCGAGAACAACAUCCUCAAGGAGCGAAUGAAAGGCUUGAAGAGUUUGGGCAACCUGCUGGAAGAGUCCCAGUGCGAAGCCUCCAAACUGAAGCAGAAGGUGGAGGAGUUGGUUCGUCAGGAAGUUCUGAGAUCCACCAUCUUGCCCCACGAGAUGCCAAGUGCCAUGGAGUCCACGGGUGGUUCCGUACAGGAGAGCAUCCAACACCCGUCCCACGGCUCAGACCCCGGCAAUUCCACCGGCACCAAACCCGAGGAGAAGCCUGCGUCCGCGGGAACGUCGUCCGAGUUUGAGGUGGUGAGUUCCAUCAACAAGAUCGAAAUGCAAGGAGAGGACGAGCGGGACGUUCUACAGCAGACGCCCACCGAGGACGGGGACCUGUCUGUUCACCUGCAACGCCUGGAGACCUCCCUUAGCGUCGUUGCCGAGGAGACCCACAAGAAGCACCUGCUAGCCCACCUGGGCCGAAUGGCCGUGGAGUUCAACCGCCUCUCCUCCAAGGUGCAGAAGAACGAGUGCAGGACGGCCAUCCUGCAGACCCUGUGUAAGCAGCUGCAGACCGAGAAUGAAGAUCUCCGCACAAAACUUGACCAGGACCUUGAUCUCAAGAGCCAGAUGCUGGCCACCAUGAAAUGCGAGAACGUGAGGCUGAAGGGAUUGGUGGCCAAGGAGAAGUUGGGAUUACAACAAGCUGCUGCAUCUGAGGUGGUCUCCAGACCAACGCCCACGGAGCAGACUGUGGCGGGACCACAUCUCCAUCAGGGCCUGAAGGUGGGCGAUCUGCAGAAACUUCCCGACAAAAACAUGGUGGAGAUUCUCGAGAAGAAAGUGGCGGCUCUGGAAAUGCAACGGAAAGAGCUGUUGGAGGUAAACAAGCAGUGGGAUCAGCAGUUUCGUGGCAUGAAGCAACAGUAUGAACAGAAGAUCGUGGGGCUCCGUCAGCGGGUGGCGGGGGUCCGGAGGGAGGUGACGGAGCGAGACACCGCCAGUGAGCAGAGGCAACGAGACUUCGACCGCAAGCUGCUGCUGGCCAAGAGUCGCCUAGACAGUGGAGAGACGGAGAGGGAACGAUACCUGGAGGAGAUCCGAGGGCUGAGGCAGGACAACGAGGGUCUACGGGAGCAGCUCGCACCCGUGACCCGGCAGCGCGAGUGUCAGGAGAGGGAGAUCCAGCGUCUGAACAAGGCAUUAGAGGAAGCCAUCGCUCGUCAUUCACCGUUGCCAGUGCAGCGGGUGCUGGGCGGCGUGCCUGACCCCUGCCUCAACUCCAGGAGGGACGAGCUCCUCACCCAGAUCAAGGUCCUCAAACAGCAGGUGAAAAUCUUCGAGGAGGAUUUUCAGCGGGAGCGGAGUGACCGUGAGAGAAUGAGUGAGGAGAAGGAGGAGCUGCAGAAGCAGCUGGACAAGCUCCACACUCAGAUGGGGGUGCUCAACACACAGCUGCAGGUCUGUCAGGAGGAUUAUCAGAAGGAGAAGUUGGAGAGAGAGACCCUUCAGAAUCUGCUGAAGAAUCAGAAGCAGGGUUUGGGGGAGAGGAGGGCGUCAGACCCGCCGCCCGGGGCACCGAGAAUCUACUGCCCGCCGUACCAGCUCCCGUACCCGCACCUAGCUCACCCGGCACCCGUCUAUGGGCCGUACGAUGUACAGAUCCACUAUCCACCGUCUCCGAUGCCCCCCGGGCAAGCUCCAUUCCCCCCGCCGGACUACGCCUGGAACGCUCCCUACCCCCCCGGACGUGGACAACCCCCCACCGUCCCUGAGCGGCCCCAGGCUGAUGGCAAAGCAGAGCUAGUGUGUCCGGCCCACCCCAAGGGGCAGCACUGAGGGAUGAUGCCUCACCAACCCACUCCCCUGUCGCCACCCCAACAGGGAGGGGUCCGUGAUGGGCACAGGAUAGACCAUGGGGAAGAUCCGUGCUGGACAGAGAAACACCCACCCACGCAUGCCCAGGGUCAGGGGAGAUGGGAGGGGGAAGGUUGUGAGGAGUGUGAGUGGGGAGAGCUGGAUGAGCAGAGGCGUGGAGGGAGAGGAGGGGAGCAUGGAGGAAGGAGGGAUGGUGGAGGGAGGAGAGAGAGAGCUGGCUAGGUAGUGGCAGGAGGGUUGAGUGGAGAGGGGGGGUGGGAGGAGGUGGAGGGGCAGAGAGUUGGAGGAAAGGUAGGAGAUUGGGGAGAGAUGGACGGGGAGAGAUGGUGUAGUGGAGAGGAGGAGGAGGAGGAGAGGGGAGGAGCGUGGAAGGAGAGGGGAUGGUGGAGAGAGGUGAGAGAGCUGGAGAGGGGGUGGGAGGUGGAGGGGAGGGGAGAUGAGCCCUACCAGGAUGGGGGGGUUUAACGUACCUUGUUUGCUUGUUGGCAGGUUUGAGUUAUUGACUAAAACUGCAGGAAGAUUUGAGACUCGCUCUUAACGUUCAAUAAUAAAAUAAUCUACUGUGCGAA